UGAAAACAAAUAAUACAUUCUCGAAUGGUUUUAACAUUUGUACCAUAAGUUCAUUGAAGAAACGUUAAGAACAAUUGCUCAAAUUGCUUUUUUACCUUGAGUAUAAAUUGUCAAUGAUGAACUAUGGCUAUUUAUUUCAGUUUUUCUCACUUUCUUUGUUAUUACACUUAUCAUUUCAGGACAUUUAUAGGGUCAAAUUGCGCACCCGCUGUUCGGCUAGGGUAAAAAAUUGUCCCCUUAAAAAUGCCAACAAAACUUCUCCUACUAAGCCAGACGGAGAAAAUCCAGUGUUCGAGGUCAAGUCGUUCCUGAGAAGUCAAAUUCACCAUCAGGUGGCAAAAUUAGCGAAGAAAGCAAACGAAUCACACGUUGUCCCCCCUCAUGAUCGAUCGUUCAACGAAGCGCUCAAAAAUUACAUCAACGUGCAGUACUUCGGGGACAUCAGAGUAGGCAGCCCCCCUCAGAACUUCACAGUGGUGUUCGACACUGGCUCCUCCGACAUCUGGGUGCCCUCGAUGGCCUCCCCCGUCUCCUGUCUGGAGUGCAAGAUGCACUCCCAGUUCAACCGGAUGAACUCAUCCACUUACAGAUGGGGAGGAAGCAAGGUCCAGAUCCAGUAUGUCCAAGGUAUCAUCCGGGGUUUCCUCAGUCAAGAUAAAGUGUGUGUGGGCCAAGUGUGUGUGAACAGACAGCCAUUUGUAGAGACAUUGAGUAUCACAAACAUGAAUGACAAUGAGUUCGACGGGGUGUUCGGUCUGGCCUUUCCCUCGCUGGCAGCCAAUCACGGGGACACCUGGAUCCUGAAGGCCUACAAGAGUGGAGUCAUCGACAGACCAGUUUUCGCAUUCUACCUCAACGACUUUGCCCUGGGUGUGCGUGAGAACAGUCAGUUGGUGAUCGGGGGCAGUGACCCCUCCCUCUACAAACCCCCCUUCACACGCCUGCCUGUGACGUCAUUCGCCUUCUGGCAGAUCAACAUGGACAGCGCCAGGGUGGGCGAAUUCGACUCUGAGAAGGCGAGGGCGAGGGGCAAGAGUCUGUGUGAGUUGGGCUGCUAUGCCGUGUUAGACAGUGGCACUAGUCUCAUAGUCGGUCCCCCCAAUGACGUCAUGAAACUAGUAGACGCCAUUGGAGCACAGACCACUAACGAAUACGGCAUUUACUCUAUGGAAUGCAGUCGCAAACACUCCUCAGAAGACCACCCAGAACACAACGUCGUGUUCGUGUUCAAGGGACGUGAGUUCAUCCUAGAACCUAAAGAUUACAUAAUCGAGUACAACAACGAAUGCAUGUUGGGAUUCAGCGUCAUCCCAGCCACUGCUUCUCUGGGAGAACCCUGGAUACUGGGGGAUGUGUUCAUGAGGAAGUUCUAUACUGAGUUCGACCUGGGAAAGAUGCAGAUAUCUCUGGCUGAAGCAAAAGUAGAUGAAGCGAAAUAAUAAAAAGCCUAUAUCUUGCCUUUCUGAAGUGACUUUUUCUGAAGUUUACAUGAACUGAAGAGAAUUUGUUGAUUUAUUGUACUUCAUUCUUCGACCAUUGGUCUAGUGCCUUUUAUCAAAAGCAACAAAAUAAUAUAAGAGCUU